CCUCUACGCGCCUACCUCGCUACCCCGUCAUCGUCCAACGCCCGUCCACCUUGCGACCGGGUACCUUUUUUAUAUUCACGUGAUUAUUCCCUUCUUUUCUAUAUGACCGACGUGAUCAAGCGCUUUGAACCUGCGUUCCAUCGCAGUUCGCGCUUUCCUCGUCGCCAACACGCUUUUCCUUUCCCUAGAGAUUACCCUGCUUACGUCUGAGCCCACGGCCUCCUUGCCGUGUCGUCCGCGAUUGAAUCCACCAUGUCCGCACUUGUGCGAGCAGUAGGCCAGUCCGGUCGCCGUUAUGUUGUCGAGCGAAUCCUCCAGGAAAAGCCCAUGCCCCUUGACCUUGGCCGCGUUUAUCUUGCUACAUCCGCGGACCAAAAGUACGUCUUGAAAAGCGUGCAGCCGAAGUCGUUCCAGUAUUUCCAGAACAUGCUCGACGAUAUCCGGACCUCUCCUUACUCUCACUAUGUCCGUGUCUCAGACGACUCUAUCCCCGACAAAUCCAUGUUCGUAGACAAAUACCUUAAGGAUCACCUUCUGGGCUUCGUUCAGAAAGAUAACCCGCUACCCGUGACAAAGCGAAUACUGCGCGACGCCCUGCGUGGGAUCGCCGCGACGCAUGAUAAGGGCAUCGUCCAUACUGACAUCAAGGCGAAUAAUAUCAUGGUAGAGUGGAAUGAGAAGAGUGGCGAAGUGGUAGUUGAACAGGUACAGGUGGCCGAUGUUGAGGAUGCUGCCUACGUACCCGAUGACUGUGUUAUCGAGGGAAGGCAAGUCGGAAACUGGAUGUGGCGAAGUCCAGAGGCGCAUGCGUCCGGCCAAGUACAUAAACCAUCGGAUAUAUUCUCAUUUGGCGUUGUGUGUAUCUACGCCCUCACCAAGCGAGUAAUCUUUGCAGUGGGAGACGAUGAACUCAACGAGGGAGAGGACAAAUUGGCCAUUGUUCUCGAACGCCAAAUAUCCUAUUUCUGUGACCCCGAAGGGUUCGGGGGUUUGCUCAAGCAUCUCGGCGAGAGUCCCUGGGUUCAGAUAUUUACUGUAAUAGCCGAGGGAUUCAACGAAGAGAAUUCUCGCUUGCCAUUCGCGCAGUGGUCAAUUGUUGAGCCAGAAGCUAGGGACCUCAUUGGACGAAUGAUGAAUAUGGAUCCAAAUCGGCGACUGACAGCUCAUGAGGCGUUGGCGCACCCAUGGUUCGCAGACGUUCCAUGAAAGGCUUAGACAGAAUAUCCCCGAUUAUCGAAUUUACAAUCGCGGCGCGCAGGCAAGUUAAGCUACAAGGCACGAUCUGAAGCCACUCGUAUCCCUUUAACAACAUUAUGGCACUAUUCGACGAUCUGCAUGUCCAUCUAAAGAUUAAGUUAGGGUAGAAUAGGCGCCUGUGCCACACGCCUCGGAUGAGGCUGGGUCAUCUCUAAGCCACAUUCGGACG